UUUUAGUAUUCAAAUUUACGCCAUUUGUCUGUGACAAUGAGGAAUAUAUAUUCAUAGGUUUAGACAUGCCUUGAAAUACUCCAAGCAUCGCCAAAGAAAAGCUUUAAAAGCGAUGGAACUGAUAAAUGUGGACAGUGGACAUUUCCUUGAAGUUUUCCAAGCAUGAUUCCAAGUUCUUACAAACCAAUUGAGAGCGAUAGCCCGCCAAGAACUUCUGAAAACACUACUAGUCGUGCUCAUGAUCAACAGAGCGUUCAUAAAAGACUACUAGGGAAGGUUAAAGAGAUAGAUAGAAGUUUUGUAGUUUCGAAGCUAUUUUACUUCUUCUUUUACACUGCUCUAGGUGCGCUAUUUCCAUUCUUCAGCCUGUACUACAAGCAACUAUGGCUUACUCCAAGUCAGAUUGGUAUUUUGCUGGCUCUUCGUCCAACUGUAAAGCUAAUUUGUUUACCACUUUGGAAAAUUAUCACCGAAAAAUACAGCAGGCCUAAAGCUGUGUACUUUAUUUCAAUUUUUGGAUGGUUAAUUGGAUAUUAUGGACAAACUCUGGUCUACACCUCUGAUACACCAUGCUAUGGCAUCAAUGUUAACCAAACAGCUUUCUCUACGCCUUUUGCUAGUGUUAAUUCAACGAACUUAUCCGACCAUUUGAAUGCAUCUUUGAUUAAGAAGCGAGAAUGGGAGUUAAGAAACACAGAGCUGCAAUCACAACCUGAACAUUAUCUAAAUGAGAACAGAGUUCGCAGAUCUGUAUAUGAUGAGAUAAUUGUUGAUGAAAUUGGAAAUGUUCCUUUCAAGAGGAGAAUAAGUAAAGAAUCACGAAGAAUUGUUGGGUCCCCAGAGGAGUCACAAGUGAAUGAUCAAGCGACGCCUAGAAAUAUUUUGUACACAGAUAAAAAUAUUCUUAGGACAAAUAAGUUGAGUGAUAACACAAGACAUGAUUAUACAAGGAAAAUUAAAGCAAAUGGCUUGGACAAGGAGGACUUGAGACAGGAAGGCCAUGGAUCAAUUGAAAAUGAAAACUUUGUUGAAAAGGAUUCCUAUAAACAUUCUAAUCUAGAAACAACAGGAAUAGUUGCCCCUGGGUUGAACAAUGAGGACAAAAACAAAGAUAUCAGCUCAAAUAAAUUCGUUAAAGAGGAAAAGAUUGAUCAACAAAGUGCAUUUCUGAAGGAGGACAUUAACGAUGAUAAUUCACAGCCACUAAUUGAAUUAAUUUCAAAACAAAAGCAUCUCGGGGCAUUUCAAAACGGAAACAUUUCUAAGAGUCCAAAACCAGCUGAUGACUUUAGAGUACGAUAUAACUUUUGGAUUCUAAGAACUCUAAUUGUGAUAGUCAUUCUAACAGAGAUUAUUACGUCACCAACGCCCAUGAUAGCAGACAGCGCGGUCAUCCAGUCACUUGCAGGAUCAAACAGUGACUAUGGAAGGCAGAGACUGUUUGGAUUCUUUGGAUUGGGACUCGCUGCGAUUUUGGUUGCUGUAUGGGUGUCAUAUUCUUCAUUCUGUCAUUACACAAACACUAUAAAUUAUCUUCCCUGCUUUUACAUCUUCCUUAUUGCUAUUGGUGCCACAGUGUUUGUAAGUCUGUUCUUUGACUUCCAGUCAGCCGAGACCAAUGGCAAUGAAGUCAAACUUCUGGAGACUCUAAAGAUAUUCAAGUUACCGCGCUAUGGGUUUUUUCUCUUUACGAUUUUCUUCACUGGAUUUGCUCACAGUCUCCAAAUUUCUUUUCUAUUUUGGUUUCUGCAAGACAUCGGUGGAACACCAACCUUAUUUGCUAUCAUUAUUCUAAUACAUAGUGUAUCAGAAGUUGUGAUGUAUUUUCUGGCACCUUACCUUGAUAAAGGUGUAGGACAUCAAGGAACAAUCUGCAUCGCUCUUGCAUGCUACACGGCGCGUUUUCUGAUGUAUGGAUCUCUGAAGCAUCCAUGGCUCAUUCUACCGAUGGAGAUGGUCCAGGGACUGACUUAUGGAGGUUUGUGGUCCGUCUCUGCUGUGUAUAUCCAAGCCCCUGAAGAAGCUACCAAGAUGAUCCAAAGUAUUCUGCACGGAGUGUACUGGGGCGUUGGCAUGGCAACAGGGGCGCUCGUCAGUGGUUUUGUCAUCGAAGCGUAUGGCGUGCAAAACGAAUUUCUCGUAAUGUCUCUUUUGAUGGCCAUCAUUUGUAUAGUGCAUCUAUUUAUUCUAUUAUUUGACCGAAUUCAGGAAAUGGAAGAGUCUCUCCAACGCAAACGCGAUUCUGGACUAGACAAGCUACAAUCUGAGAAGAAAGAGCCUGACAAUUUCAUAGGGGCAGCGGCUGCUCCAUUAGUGCCAUGCCUCUUGUAUGGCAGAUAAACUUUGAACCAUGAAUUGUUUUCACUGCUGUGGUUCUUCCUGCAGUCACACUGAAGCAAAUAGAUUAGGUCUGGAGGUCAUAAACAUUAAGUUGACAUAAAAAAGUACGUUUAUUUUUGAGAAUAUUUUUGAUACCCCUUGAAGCACAUUGAAAUGCAGCUCAAUCUGGGGAUAAAGCAAUAGGUUCCAAUUCUCUGGAGAUUGGAAUUCUUUUGUAUUGUCCCCCAGAUCGAGCUGCUUUGACGUCACAUGCAAGGGGUCAAUGGUGGUUAAAUGGAUCAAAAUUAACUAAGGGAUGUACUUCAUGUAUACGCGCCAACAAAUAUAAUUCAGAAGAGGUUAAAUUUACUAUAUUUAUAAUAAAUAAUCUAUAAUCUUCCUUGUAAGUCUAACUUUUGUAUUAAACACAUCUGGCUUUA